AUGGACGGGGAGCAGGCGGCGCGGUGGGCGGCGGCGCAGGAGGGGGUCCCCGUCGGGGCGGACCUUGUCGCGGCGGCGCUGCGGCAGCUGCAGUUCCUCGCGGCGGUGGACCGCCGCCGGUGGCUCUACGAGGGCCCCCUACUCGACCGGGCCAUACGCAGGUACAAAGCAUGCUGGCUUCCCCUUCUUGAUAAGCACACUAAGGCUGCGGUUGUAGAUGGCCCAUUGGUUGUUCCUCUUGAUUGUGAGUGGAUAUGGCACUGCCAUCGGCUUAACCCGGUUCAGUACAUAAGGGACUGCAAGAAAGUAUAUGGUAGAAUACUGAACAAUAACAAUGUUGAGUCGUCCACUCAAACAAAAUCAACACUUCAGUCAGAAAAGAUUUGGAAAGAGUUGUAUCCUGAGGAGCCCUUCGAAUUGGUGUUCACAAGAACCUCUGACGUUGCGAUGGAUGUGAACCCUGGAGCUGCAGAGGACAUUACCUAUGAUCUGGUGUCUGCUGUUAAGAGGCAAUCCUCUUUCUAUUAUCAGCUGCAUCCUGUUACCUACCGCGACGACAUGGUGAAGCUUCUUGGAAAAGUUCUGGAGCAUGAUGACACCGAUGCUGAUCGAUCUGAAGGAAAGAAACUUGAUGUUGGAUUCACUGAGACUACUGAACAGUUUGAGAGUACCUUUGGUCUAAGAUACUGGAAGGCUGGAUGUAUGUACCGUGGCAACAUGCCAUCUCCUGUGACAUCCACUCCUCAGAUAUUCAGUACUGAGGUUGGAACGGGGUCUGACAUCUGCAAAACUCAGAAGGAUCUUAAUGCCCUCGAUAUAACAUCUGUAGAGUUAUAUUUACAAAUUGUGGACAUCAAGAAUUUGCCAUCUGCUGUUCGAAAAGAAAAUGUGUAUGUACGGUUCACCAAGAAUCAAUCAGAUAUGUUUAUCAGUGACGGUGGCAGGUUGGAUAUUUCAACAGUUACAGGGAAGAACACUGGAGUUUGUUUACAGUGUGAACCUACCGGAGAACUCAUUCUUGUAGUAAUGGUUGAUCAGGUAUCAAAGAAACCAGAACCAAUAGGGAAGGUUUCUUUCCCACUGCAAGAUUUGAUAGGGCCUGAUUCUAAGCUCUCCUUCGAGAAGUGGUUUGAACUGAAAACUCAUGGUGGGCAUGCCACUUCCCCUCCUGUUAGUCUUCAUGUUGCAGCUUCUGCUACUGUCCCAAGCAGCUUUCAGAAGGUGUUCAGUAUGGUCACGAUGGAGCCUUUCUCUCUCAAGUCGUGUCUUCUGCCACAUUCCAUCAAGGAUCAGAACAUGAGCACCUGGACUCGUUUCGUAUAUGAUUGUGGUACUGAGCUUAUCCGUCUUCAGAUAAGAGAGCACAAGGCAAAGAAUGGCAUGGCUUCUGUUCGAGAAUUGGUUGGAGUAUUGAAGUCACCAAAAAAGCAAUUUCAGCUUGCAGAAUUCAAGGAAAAUAAGUGGACCCUAAAAGACUCCAACUUGUCAAUUAGUCAUGGCACUGAUGGCAGUCUACUCGAUCUCAAAGGUUUCAACCAACUGGUGAAUGAGGAUUGGUUCCUACUUCCAUGGAUCACGACAUCGGUCCUGUUCAUGGACGCCGAUGACAAGGACAGUGUGAAACUUAUCGGUGGUGCCAUGGCUCAGAAGGAUGCAUUGUUUGGAUCUGACACUAGCAUUGUGCUAGAGACACAGACUGUCGGAGCAGGGAGCGUGGCAACGGCUCCUGCACAAUGUGGCACUUGCAGCACGGCGUUCGGUGGUGACAAAGUUGUGGUGGGCUUCAAGGCUGAACAUGCUAGCUCAGGUGCUUCUCGCACAGUCGUUGCAAGUGGUGAGAACGGCCACACUGAAUCUGCUGCUGGCUGUGGAAGCCGCUGUGGACCCAUGGUGGUUGAGGACUCCAAGGCCGACAAUGCCAAGUCCGGAGGCUGUGGUUCCGGGUGUGGUGGUGGCUGCGGCGGUGGGGGAGGCUGUGGGACCAUGCUGAAGGCCAGCACCAUGGCCAGUGAGGGCCAGCCCAGGUCUGGAGGCUGCGGUGGUGGCUGUGGUUCUGGCUGUGGUGGUGGCUGCGGCAGCGGCAUGGUCAUCGAAGGCUCCAAGACCAACACCGCCAAGUCCGGCGGCUGUGGCUCCGGCUGUGGUGGUGGUUGCGGCACCCUGUUCAACGCCAGCACUGCUGCCGCCCAGGGUCUGCCCAAUAAGUCAGCUGGCUGCGGCUCCGGGUGCGGCGGUGCUGGCUGUGGCAGCGGCAUGGGCAUCGAAGGCUCGAAGACCAACAAUGCCAAGUCUGGUGGCUGCGGCUCUGGCUGCGGUGGCGGUUGUGGAGGAGGCUGCGGCACCCUGUUCAGCUCGGGCGGCACUGCGGCCGACCAAGGCCAGUCCAGACCCGGGGGCGGCUGCGGCUCCGGCUCCGGCUGUGGCGGCGGAGGCUGCGGUAGUGGCAGCAUGGUCGCCGAAGGCUCCAACGGCAGGCACGCCAAGUUCGGAGGCUGUGGCUCUGGCUGCGGUGGCGGUUGUGGCGGCGGGGGUGGCUAUGGCACCAUGUUCAAUGUGAGCACCAAGGCCGGCAGUGAGGGCCAGAACUCUGUGUCCGGCGGCUGCGGCUCUGGCUGCGGCGGUGGAGGCUGUGGUGGCGGUUGCGGCACCGUGUUCAACGCAUGA